CCAACAGAUUAUGUCACGGAAACAUUGAUCAUCUGAAUCCCUCGGGACAAGCAAAUGGAGGAGUAGCGGCUUCCAACAACGAUGCCCAGUACGACAUGAAUGAUUUGAACGCUCAUAGAGACUGUUACGCAGCUUCAGCCGACAAAAACUGUAUCCAGGCCUCAUUGCUUGCCGCUAUCGCUAGCAGAGAGUCUCGGGGAGGCAGACUUCUUUACGCUACUGGGGGCUACGGUGACAACAACAAUGCCUGGGGUAUCAUGCAGUGCGACUUGAGGUACUCAGGUUUGAACUGUAAACAAUGUCCCUGGGAUUCGUGCUGCCACAUUGAGAUGUUGACCAGUCAGACCUUGGUCCCUUUCAUCAACCAGAUCCACAAUAAAUUUCCUAGUUGGAGCCAAGAUCAGGCCCUGCAAGGUGGAGUGGCUGCCUACAACCAAGGUCCCAGCAAUGUCAACUCCUGGGCGGGUGUUGACGCUGCCACUACCGGACGCGACUACAGCAAUGACGUCAUCGCCAGAGCCAAGUACUUACAUUCACACGGCUGGAACUGA